AUGUGUCCAAUUGACAUCUCUACUCUUUGCUUUCAGAGAAGAAACCUUUUCCAUGAAACAAUGAUGAAUCUUGAAAUGGUGUUUAUGUUUUUGAUAAAGAUUCUUGGCUAUGGCAGUUUUGCCAAUGCCUGCCAUUCCCCAGAUUCCUACCAUGCGAACCUCAUUGGUCGUAAAGGACAUGUCCAAGGGAUGUUCGAUUUGGUCCAUGUCAGCUUCCAUACCAACCAUAUCCCCGAGUCUGGUGGCGACCCUAAGGAGAGGAGGAAAUGGUGUCCGAAGGAGGAUAAAAUCCUUAUUGGUGCUUGGCUUAACACUAGUAAGGAUGCUGUCGUAAGUAAUGACCAGAGGGCUGGUGCAUUCUGGAAGCGCAUUGCCGACUACUACAACGCAAGUCCGCAAUUGGCUGGGACAAUACCGAGAGAGGUUUGUUCCUGCAAGAAGCUUUGGGGUAGGAUCAACGCUGACGUAUCCAAGUUUGCUGGAUGCUAUGACGCCGCUCUGAGGGAGCAGAGGAGUGGCCAAAAUGAUGAUGAUGUGAUGAAAGCCGCCAUAGACAUUUUCUUCAAAACUAACGACAACAAGUUCAGCAUGGAUCACUGCUGGAGGGAGCUGAGACAUGACCAGAAAUGGUGCUCCACCUAUGGGCCUAAAGAAUGUGGAAAGGAAAAGCGCAAAGGAGACGUGGAGGCUGAUGGAGGAGAUGAAGCAGAGGGCAGACCUAUUGGGGUCAAGGCUGCUAAAGCUGCAUCUAAGAAGAAGAAGAGUGGUAAAGAAGAGUCUUUGGCAAAGAUACACGCAAUCAUAGAAAUCAAAGAAAAGCUGUCUAAACAGAAGAUCCUUGAACGUCUUCUUGGCAAAAAAGAGCCACUCACUGAGAUGGAAACAUCUCUUCAACUCAAACUCAUGGCUGAGAUGUUAUGA